CCCACAAAAUGGGACUCACAAGGAGAAUGGAGAUGACACAUGCAUGAUCUAAAACAUCUCAAAACAAUUGUGUACUUCUUCUUCACACGUCAAUGUAUCCAAAUCCACACACACAACAAUCCCAAAAUCCAUCAAAAAAACAACUUCCAAUUUGCAAAACUAACUCCAAAGUGUUCUUGUUUUUCUCCUCUUAUGUCCAGUUCUUGAUAUAAAGAAUAGUACUAAUAAUGGGCACAGUUUCAAGUGGCAUUGGCUUUCUUUCACAGUUUUUUGCAAGUGAUUCUGCUGCUUCUACUCAUCAGUUUUGUUGCUUUUCAGCAAAUUCAAGUCCACUGCAUGUGAAUUUCUCAAGGAGUGCUGCUGGUUGUUUGGUGAAAAGGGGUUCUUUGUUAAGUACUAGAGUUUCAGUUUCAACUACUGGUAAUGCUAAGAUUGAUGGAAUUGAUGAUCAGUUAUCUUUGUCCUCUGAUGAAAUUAAACCAUCUCGGAAGUCUGCUGAUUGGAAAGCAGCAAGGACAUACAGUGAGAGGGGACUUAUAUAUGAGGGCAAGGUUGAAGGCUUCAAUGGUGGUGGUUUGUUGAUUCGAUUUUAUUCUCUCGUGGGGUUUCUUCCCUUCCCGCAGAUGAGCCCUUACCACUCUUGUAAAGAAUCACGAAAGACAAUUCAAGAGAUCGCGAGGGACUUGACCGGUUCUGUCCUCUCUGUGAAGGUGAUCCAAGCCGAUGAGGACAGACGCAGACUGAUAUUCUCAGAAAAGGAAGCCAGCUGGUUGAAGUAUUCUAAUAAGAUAAAUGUAGGUGAUAUUUAUCAAGCGAGGGUUGGUUCAGUUGAGGACUAUGGUGCUUUUGUUCAUCUGCGCUUCCCAGACGGGUCUUAUCACCUCACUGGGCUUGUCCAUGUCUCAGAAGUGUCUUGGGAUUUGGUUCAUGAUGUGAGAGACAUUCUCACGGAAGGAGACGAAGUGAGGGUCAAAAUCAUAAAUAUUUACAGGGAAAAAUCUAGGAUUACCUUAUCGAUUAAGCAACUGGAGGAAGAUCCGUUGCUGGAAACUCUGGACAAAGUAAUUCAUAAGGAUGCGUCUGUCAAUACUAAUUCCUUGGAUUCGAAUGGCAGUUCGGUUAUUGAUCCUCUUCCGGGGCUUGAAACAAUAAUCGAGGAACUACUGCAAGAAGACGGCAUAUAUGAUAUACUAAUCACUCGACAAGGAUUUGAGAAACGAGUGGUUUCACAGGACUUACAGCUUUGGUUGUCGAAUGCACCAGCUACUGGAGAUCAGUUUACUCUACUUGCUCGGGCUGGAAGACAGGUGCAAGAAAUACAACUGACAACAUCACUUGAUCAAGAAGGCAUAAAAAGAGCUCUACAGCGAGUCCUGGAACGUGUACCAUGAGUCGUAUCUAAGAGCUCCAUGAUUGCAGAAGAACAAUACACAUAUCCAAUCUAAAGUUAACGGGAGAGAAGUUCACAUGGCUCGAUAUUUCAAGUUGUCCAGGCAUUGUACAGAACAGUAAAACCACUUCAAAAAGAUGUAUAAACAAAUUUUUAUAACCACAUUUGUUCAGAUAAAGUUCCCCAGAAGCUAAAGGGCAUACUAGCUGCUCUCGCGAAUUGUGUUAAUAGACAUGAUAACAUGAACUCAUGCAAUUUCUUGGUACAUUGCUUCCCAUGUUAAACUUGAUCAGUUAUUUUUUCGCGUUUUUCCUA